CAGCUAUAAAUGGGAGAAAACUGAGAUCCUGGCUGCACUACCCAAGGGCUUCAGUGAGUUGAGCAGCUAGAACUGUCCUGUAAGCGUAGGAAACAGUCACGUGCAUUUUUCAGUUGCCGUGUUUUUUCAGUUAGGGAAUCAGCCCAAGAGAAAAUGAAGAAAGUGCACAAUUAUUUCUUGUCUUGGAAAAAUGCCUUUCCCUUGAAAAGACUUAUCUUCAAGUCUGCAAACAAGAACAGUAGGGGGUUUCUUCUCUUGAUGUUGCUUCUCAAGUAGAGGAAGAAAGGAAGAAAAAUGUUGGUGUCACCAAAGGAGGAAAAUACAGCAUCUGAGUGAACAGGUGUCAGACUUUUGAGGUGCAUUCUGUAUUUUGGGUCAAUCUAGAACUUACCCAUCCACAUCACUCCACUGAGAAAAACACUGGAAAAGAAUUUAGAAGGGUAGAAGAAUCAAGCAGUUAGAUUGGUGAAAAUGUUGUCUUUGGAGGUUUUAUAGAAAGGUAAGAAGUUAUUCUGGAUGGGCAUGCCUGGUCACCCCACAUCCUUCUACAUGUUUGAGUGACCUGGUCUGGCGGGAGGUGUCCCCGCCCACAGAGUGGAAAUGGAUGGUCUUUAAGGUUGCUUUCAGCCCAAGCCAUUCUAUGAUAUCCACGUGUGCCAUCAGCCCUGAUCCUCCUUUUUUUUUUCUUGUCUCUCUGGCCAACUGACUGGCAUUCAUAGGUCAUCUUCGAGGGAGAUGCAGCCUCAGCAGGAGGCAGGAGACUGCAGAGCCAUGAAAGCCCAAGCCCUGGAGUGAUGCUGGAAGCUGAUCCUCCAGCAGAGCCUGCAGGAGAUUUGUCUUCCAAGGGAGCACUCAAACACAAAACCCUUUGUAAUAAGAGACCAGGCUGCAGCACAGCUAUUCCCUUGACCCACAAUAAAACACAUGUAAAUUUGUAGUGUAGAGGAGGCAUCCACUUUUAUGACCUGUUUACAUACUGCCUUUUUGUUACAGCACUCCUUGACGACAACAGGAAGAUAAAGGUCAAGGCUCUGCAAGCUGUGGCGGAAUUAAUUAAAACUCAGAGAGAGAAUCCAGCAUCUUUGAUGUAGGCUGGCCAACAGAGGCCUGCUCCCCACAAAGCAGAAAGCCCCACAUAGCCGGAAAUGAUUUCAGUUUGUGAAGAUAGUCUCAAUCAACGUGUAGCCCAAAAGCAUUUUGUUUCCUCCUAUCUGCAUUCCUGCUUCUCUGAAACAUGAUUCCUCACAUCUCCUCUGAGCUUCUCUAAUUCUUUAUAUUUUUUGCUAAAUUCCAUGCUGAGAGAUUUCAGUGCUUCAGCUGGUUACCUUAAAAUUAUGUUAUUUUUAUAUUCUUUUAUAAUACGUGGUGUAAAACAAUAGCCACAUAAAUAUGGGCACUCUCAAAAUAAACUUUUGUGCAUGUGCCAAACAAAAAGCUCUGUUGGAGUUUGUAGUAGCUGUACAAAAUAAACUGCCUCAUAAAAGAUGGCUGCAGUGAUAUCAUCCAAGUGUCUCCAGCAUGUUCCAGAAAGACUUAAUUUAAUCCACGCUGCAGUUAAUGUUUUAUUUGGAACUUUGGUGUUCCUCUCAGAAAUAUGUCCAUCCCCAGCCCAUCUUUACUAAGCAGAUGCCAGCUGGGCCUAGGUUCAGCAGUGUUGACAAGGCCAGUUAUCAUGGGGAUUUAAGCAGAAAACAACACAAAAAUAAUCACAAACCAGUGUGGUUCUCAGUGGCAGUUCAAAAACACUUGGAUGGGGUCAUGGAGUGGUUGUCUCAGAUUUGGACAGGCACUGAUGCAUCUUUCAGUAGAACUAUACAUAUGAGAAUAAAAAUGAAUGUGAUUUUUUGUGUUCUUUUCCGAGCAGCUUCAAGAACCAGAAAAAGGAGCUCUCAGGAUGCCAGAGCCAGCAAAGUCCACUUCUGCCCCCAAAAAGGGCUCCAAGAAAGCCGUGACAAAGACCCAGAAGAAAGGCGAUAAGAAGCGACACAAGAGCAGAAAAGAGAGCUACUCCAUCUACGUCUACAAGGUGCUAAAACAGGUCCACCCCGACACCGGCAUCUCCUCCAAGGCCAUGGGCAUCAUGAACUCCUUUGUCAACGACAUCUUUGAGCGCAUCGCGGGUGAGGCCUCGCGCCUGGCGCACUACAACAAGCGCUCCACCAUCACCUCGCGGGAGAUCCAGACAGCCGUGCGCCUGCUGCUGCCCGGAGAGCUGGCCAAGCACGCCGUCUCCGAGGGCACCAAGGCCGUCACCAAGUACACCAGCUCCAAGUAGCUCAGCGCUUCUUCUCCGGUGGGCCCAUUGAGCACAGGCACAGGUAGGCAGCUAUGGUUUGGAUGAAGGUCACGGCUAUUCUCCACGGCAAUGGACAGACUUGGGAUGGGCAUUAGGAGCUGACUGGUGGAAGAUGAGGCAGCAAACUGGAUGCUGGCUUAUUUUCAUUAUGAGUUCAGGAUGUGCUACGGGUUCCGCGCGCUGCACAUCAGGCGACGCUGGUGGAGGAGGCCUCUGCUUUCACAUCUCAUCUGAAGGGACUGGCUGCAGCAUAUCCAAAUUCUCCUUUGUGCUUGAAAAACAUGCAUGUGUGGUGCUGGCCACGAUGGCUGGCUGCUCCAGAGAUAUUGCCUCUGAAGUCUUCCUGGCUGCUUUCAUACAGUCGUCCAAGAUGGGUACCAAGAAGAUUGCACUGUGUCCACUCUAUGAUAGUCAGGAUCCAUUCUGUUGUACAGCAAAACAGUGAACCCGUACAGCUCAAGCUGACAUCAGCAGCAACAGCAACCACCAGGCACAGUCCAUAGAGUAAAAUCUGUACUGAUCCAGCAGAGAUCCUGCUUGGCAAUGGUGUGCAAGCCUCUGUUAAAGAUGCUGUGAUAAUGCCAUGUGUUGUCCCUCCUUGCUGCUCCUGAGGGAGGAGAAGCGAGCAGGCUGGUGGCACAGGCAUGUGUGGCCUUACCCACCAGGAUGCCAGAGCCACCAGCUGCCUCUCAGCUUGUGCCAAAGCAUCUGGACAGAUGAGGGCAAUGGUGGGACCCAGUCAUUACCUCCUCCAGCUGCUGCUUUGCCAACUCUGAAACCUACUUCAGUGUGCAAGACAUUGCUAAUGCUGCUGCUUUUUGGAGACUUUUUUCUGCCUGUGUGCUCUCUUCUGCCGUGUUCACUGUAAGGAUGGACAAGUGGUGCUGUCCAAGGGGCUGUGGGCAGCUCACCUUGCCCCUGCCUUCCCCGCUUCGCUCAUUUGCUGGCAAGCAAAAAGUCAUGGCUGGG